CUCUUCUAUCAAACAAGCAUUGAAGCGGUUUUAGUGCAAAGGUAAGACAAGAAUUAAACACUUCACACCUUUUACCUGGAGGUUUUGUUUUCCUGUUGGUGUUUUGCUCAGUCACAUCGGCUCGUGAUAAAGUCAUUUAAGGGGGUACUUUACGAUGCUUUAGGUUAUGGAGCGUAAAAGACAUUUGAAAGACUUUUACCAGCCGGGGAAGUUUUAAACUAAAGAAAUACACUAUUGAGAUGCAUUAUAGGAAGUGUAGGAUCCAGAUCCCUUUCAUGUGUAUAAGUGCAACACUAUGAACACGUUCCAGGAGGGACUGUUUGAAAAUGUUAUUCCUACAUUUAAACAAUCCUUCAGUCUCUCCCCUCUCUGUGUGACGACCAGCUUUUCAAACCACCCUCGAGUGCGGCCUUUCAGCCAUAAACACUUGGGCCAUCUGACGUGGUUGGACAAUAUGUUGCAGCUCUUUUCUGCCAUAAGCCCGUCCUUAAAGUCAGGACGUCUUGUCCUCUGCUUUCAUUUCUUUAAAUCUGUCUUCUUGUGAUGGAGUAGCCCUUUAAAGCAACUAGCCUUUGGAAAUAAAACAAGAAAGGCACAUCAAAGCUGACUCACGAGAUUAGAUCCUGAAAUCAUCCUAUAAUUCAUCACUCCUUAUAGUAGCGGCCUGAUAAUACUGAGCUCUCAGAUUACCUUUCUUUUACUUUACCACCCCCUCAUUCUGUACACAACAUUUCAUCCUGCAGUGUGUUUUCUCUCUGGCAAAGCGCAGCAUAUCCAGAGGGUACAGUCUGUGUCUAUGAUGGCCGGUCGAGUUGGUACUUGCCCUGCUGUGUGGCAGGUGAAACCUGUCUAACCUCAUUGGUAACGGAUGUGCAGUGUGGCAACAGAGGUGAGUGUUGGAGGACAAAGUUGUAUUCAUCUGCAACAACAUGAUCACCUGUCUGCCGCUCUCGAUCCAGUUCUGGACGCCUGGAUGUUGGGUGAAAACUUUUCUGACUGAUUUAGUGAUGUGGCGUUUAGGUGUCACUGUGCUGUGUGGGUGGAUCCUGUGAGUCUGUGUGUGUGUGAGGGAGUACAGCUUUGAUAAAAGGGUCAUAUUGAUAUCCAGAAGCCACUGUUUUCUUUAUUUUGAGAGGACUCUCUUCUUUAUCCUUCAGCCCUUUCUGUUUUCUCCUCUCAUUAUCAACUUCCCUCCUUUGUUUUUUUUCCCUAAGCAGCAAGAAAUGGAGUGAAGCAGUGAACGUAGCAGCAAGGCAAAUGUUUUCUUUUCUCUUUGUGCUGGAAAUCGGCCUCUUUCUCUCUCUCUCUCUCUCUCUCUCUCUAUCUCUUUUUUUGUUCGUCUCCCCUCUGGGUGGAGGGGAGGCGGUGGAGGCAGGAUCGGCUUUUGUGGAGUUUAGCGCCAGGACCACAGCUUUGUCGCUGUGUUUGUGCCGCGCACACACACAUGCAACACACGUGCGGCCGCCAGGUUUACUCUGCAUGCAGCACUACAGAGACCUACGGAGGAUUUAGCCUAUCAGCAGCCAGCCUACAGGAGAUAUCUCCAUCUGGGCUGUUCACUGCCGGAGCAGGACCCCACCAUUGCCUCCACCGUGUGGCCUCAGCGAUGUCCAGCAGUUUUGGAGUCAACUGUGGUUUCAGUUAACUGUACAGCACAGUUGUUUGUUUGCUGAUGACUGUCGGACCGGUUCGUGUGGAGGGAGUGAGUGGUUGUUUGGACACGGAUUGAGUAACAAAAACAAGGAAGGAAGGAGGGGAAAGCAAAAGAGAAAAGGAGAGAAGGAGUUAGAUGGAACAGACAGUUUGAGACUGAGAGUUAAGAGCGAGAUGAAGGGUUUUGUUUGGCACUAGAGAUAAAGAGGGAAGAAAAAAGAGAGAGAGAGAGAGAGAGAAAGAGGGAGGAGAGACAGAGGAUCCAGCCCUCUGGGACAGCAGUGUGUGUUUUGGGGGUGGACAGAGUGGCUUUGUAUGCAGAACAUCACUGGACACCAGCGGGAGGGACACUGUCAGUUGUUCUCUGUGUGUGUCUGUAGUGAAACCAGACCUACCUCUGAUCCUUGCGCCUCACACACACUCCUCCAUCUGCUGCCCAGGAGUCUGCCGUCUGCUUCCUCUGGACUGAACCCCUCUGAGAGCGCCUGAAUGUGUGUGAGAGAGUCUUGGCGAGUCGAUUCCCGGAGGUCAGGAGCGAUAGGCUGUGAUGUGGAACUUGUGGGAUUAAAGUCUCUGAAGGCUCUCUGACGGCGAUGGAUCAGAGCCAGGAGAUGGAAAGUUCAGACUCUUGAAUGACUGGAGGAUUCGGAAGCUCCACUGAAACCACACAACCUCUCCUGGCUUGAUUGUAUCUUCUCUAUUUCCGCAUCUGGACCUUGUCCAAGAUCUUGUGCAUUAGUGUGUGUGAGCAGCCCAUGUGGCCGGUGAGGGAUGCGGAUCUGAGUAAACUCCACGCCCCGAUGCCCGCUGCUAUGCUCCCAUGCCCUGCGCCGGCAGGGUCUGACUGGAGCUUCCAGAACCCGGUGGGGGUUGACUGCAGCUCCCCCGAACCUCGCUGCAUCUGGCUGGCGGUGCUCCGCGGCGCCACCGGUUCAGGGUUGCCGCCUGCUAUGCCCGCUGGGCACAGCCAGAGCUCUCACCAGCCAAGGGCUAAGGGGCGGAGGGAUGGUAUCCCCUCAGCCGGUGACAACCCUCGGCCGCCGAUGGCGACCCGGUCGGGAAGGGAGGGGGUCGGCGUGGGCUGGAAAGGUCCCCGGACGCUGGUUCUCCAUAAGAACUCCCAGGGUUUUGGCUUCACGCUACGCCACUUCAUCGUUUACCCUCCAGAGUCCGCCCUGCACACCAGCUUCAAGGAUGAGGAGAACGGUAACGGAAAGGGGUAUCAGAAAGGUCGAAUGGAGCCGAUGGACACCAUAUUUGUGAAGAAUGUGAGGGAAAAUGGUCCGGCCCACCAGGCGGGUUUGUGCACAGGGGAUCGGUUGGUGAAAGUGAAUGGAGAGAGUGUUUUAGGAAAGACGUACUCGCAGGUGAUUGCCCUCAUUCAGAACAGUGAGAGUGUGUUGGAGCUGUCCAUUAUGCCCAAAGAUGAAGAUGUGCUUCAGUUGGCGUACUCCCAGGAUGCCUACCUGACAGGCAACGAACCCUACUCAGGGGGAGCUGAGAACCUCCCACCACCGCCUCCCCUCUGUUACCCCCGCUCCAAGACCACACCCCCUGCUGGAGCCCCUCCGUCUACCCCUAUGGGCCAGAACCAGCUGGAUAACUGGAGUCGCUGGCCAGGCUCUUCCAGCCCGUCUUCACCCCUGGACAACCGCUCUGCUGUGGGCAGCCCCGCCAGCUGGCAGGAAGGGCGGGCAGGAGAGCCGGGCGGUGUGGGUCAUAGCAGCCCGGCCCACCGCACAGAGGAGAUCCAGUACGGUAUGACUAGCCAGCAGCCUCAGGGGCAGAUCAGAGGGCGCUCCUAUUCUUCAUCUUCCUCAUCAGGAGGCCUUUUGUCCAGCCCGCUGCAAGUCCACUACCCAAACCACCAUGCUGCCAGCUCCUCACAAGCUCAGCCACGCAAGUCCAGUUCAGCCUGGACCAGCCCCCCUCUGCCACAGUUCAGCCAAGGCCGCAAUGAACUCUGCCAGCAGGCCCUCUCUGACUGGUACUAUAACCAGAUGCCUGAACGCUCAGGACGCAGCAUGCAGACCCGCCACCGCAGCUACUCUCAGGACCGGCUCAGUGAAACGAGGAGGCAGCGGCAGCGGACAGGUGCCUGGCCGCACAGCGCCUCCCAGGACACUCUGCUGUUACUGCAGCAGUCGGGACCGGGGCCCCAUGGAGAGCCUUACUGGUCCUAUGGAGACUGGGAAGGGGGCCCAGGUAGGGGCCAGCCAGCCUCUAACUAUACCCGAACACGCUCUGAAAACCUGCUGGCCCAGUACGAUCGCCAUGGCCGCUCGUUAGAAAUGCUGGACCGAGCAGCAGCUGGACUGGUCUCGCCUCGGUUUGAGAGGCCUUCAUGGCACCAGCAGGCCCCCCAACCGCCUCCCAGGACUGAUGCCUACCCCAGACAGGGGAGCCAUUACGGGGCUGCACAAGCUCCUCCAAUGUCCCGGCCGUCACAUUCUAAACACCACCCCCAGACUCAGACCCAGGUCCACUCCCAGCCUCAGCCCCAGCAGGCUGCCCCCCAGAGCAGACGGCUUCCCCCUGGGCAGAGCAUGGACGACCAGCCAGUGGGCUACCGCAGCUACAGCCCCUCUUUUUACCGCAAGACGGGCCGCAUCAUGCAGCAGGCCCAUUCUUUCAGGGACCCUUCGUAUUCUGGCCCCCACUUGAACUGGAACCCAACCCCUAAAAGCCCCCCAGAGGGCACAACAGCACCCGUCACUGCCUCUACCGCAUCCCCCCUUGCCUCCGCCACUCCCGAAUCCCAGGACAGAGCGUACAGGCCAACAAACCAUGAGAGGGAGCGAGGGGCAGUGGAGGGGCAGGCAGAGCUGACCCAGGAAGUGGUGCUGAGACAGAAACCUCCCACCGGGCGGAGGAACGCCUACGGUAUGCGUCAUCCCCACUAUGUGCUGCCCAUGGAUGGGCUAGAACCCUCUCUGUUUUCUCCCGAUCCCCAAGAUUCAGCUCCUGCCCCUGGUUCCACAGGAGAUGUAGCCACACGCAAACCAAACGGCAACCUCGCCCCCCUCCCCAUAGAGGAUGACUCCCUGGCCUCCAUCCCUUUCAUAGAUGAGCCGACCAGCCCCGGCGCUGAUUUGCGCGCCCGCCACGUGCCGGCGUCCUCGGUGGUGUCCAGCGGCAUGAGUUCGGCGCCCGCCGUCACCAGCCCCGCCUCCCCCACCUUCACCUUCCCCCUCACUAGGCUCUUCUCACAUGACUGCAGCAGUAUUAAAUCCAGUCGUCGUUCCUCCUAUCUUCUAGCCAUCACCUCCGAGCGCUCCAAGUCAUGCGAUGAAGGACUGAACACGUUCAGAGAGGAAGGACGGGUCUUUUCGAGGAUACCAAAGAGGGUGAAGAGUUUCUUCACAGACGGGUCUCUAGACAACCUGGGUACAUCAGAGGAGGUUCGAUCUAAACGCCACUCCACCUCAGAGCUGGGAAACAUCACUUUCAGCGACGUACGACGGGAAGGAUGGCUGCACUACAAACAGAUCCUCACAGAGAAGGGCAAGAAGGUGGGCAGCGGCAUGCGCCCGUGGAAGCGAGUCUUUUCGGUGCUUCGCUCCCAUUCGCUCUUCCUCUACAAGGACAAGAGGGAGGCGGUGCUUCGCGGGGCCACGGUCGGAGGCGGGGCCGAGGACGAGCAGCCAAUCAGCAUCCGGGGCUGCCUGGUGGACAUCGCAUACAGUGAGACCAAACGAAAGCACGCCCUGCGGCUGACCACUCAGGACUUCUGCGAGUACCUGCUGCAGGCGGAGGACCGGGAGGACAUGCUGGACUGGAUAAAGGUCAUCCGGGAGAACAGCAAGACGGACAGCGAGGAGCUCGGCUUUUCCGGGCAGGCCCUCAUCAAUAAGAAACUGAACGAUUACAGAAAACAGAGUCCAACAUUAAACAAGCCCGACUCCUCUCCCAGGCUGCCCCGCAUGAAGCCGCCCUUCCUGCUCACCAAGACAGAAAACGCUGGCGGGGUGCCACGCUCCCCCAAACCAGAGGGCAAAGAUGAGAGCGGCCCCCCGAAGUCUCCGUGGGGAAUCAACAUCAUGAAGAAGACGAAGAAGGCCGGGCCCAAAGCUUUCGGCGUCCGGCUGGAGGACUGUCAGCCGGGUGUAAAUAACAAGUUCAUCCCGUUGAUCGUGGAGAUCUGCUGCGGCCUGGUGGAGGAAAUGGGUCUGGAGUACACCGGGAUCUACAGGGUGCCAGGGAACAACGCCAUGGUGUCGAUGCUUCAGGAUCAGCUCAACAAGGGCAUCGACAUCAACCCUGCGGAGGAGAAGUGGCAGGACCUCAAUGUCGUCAGCAGUUUACUCAAAUCCUUCUUCAGGAAGCUUCCAGAGCCGCUUUUCACCAACGACAAAUACAACGACUUCAUCGACGCCAAUCGGAUGGAAAAUGCAUCAGAGAGACUAAAGACCAUGAAGAAACUGAUCCGAGACCUUCCAGAUCAUUAUUACCACACUCUGAAGUUCCUGGUAGGUCACCUGAAGACCGUGGCCGACAACUCAGAUAAAAACAAGAUGGAGCCUCGUAACCUGGCUCUGGUCUUCGGCCCGACUUUGGUCCGGACGUCUGAGGACAACAUGAAAGACAUGGUGACGCACAUGCCUGACCGCUACAAGAUCGUAGAGACGCUCAUCCAACAUGGCAUCUGGUUUUUCACUGAAGAGCUCGACAAGGAUGAAAAGACGCCGGUGGACACGGAGGACGUGCAGCCCGCCCCCAACAUCGACCACCUGCUGUCCAACAUCGGCAGGACCGGUGUGCUCGGGGAGGCCUCAGACUCAACCAACAGUGACUCAGCUAAAUCAAAGGGAUCGUGGGGGUCAAAGAAAGACCUCUCACCCAAGGACUUCCUGACUCUGUCCAUCAUGUCAGCUGUUACGGGCCGCAAACGCAGGAAGCGCCACAACGCCCGCCGCGUGGGCAGCAGCACCGACGACGACUCGGAGCACGAGCCAAUCAAAGCCGGACAUCUAGGGGCAGAGGAGGAAGAGGGGGCAGGGUUGCCUGUGGGGGACACUGCACCUCGAGCAGAAGGAGAGGAGGACGACGACGAAGAGGAGGAAGAGGAAGAGGAAGAGGAAGACGAGGAAGUCGUAGAGAGCGGAGCGAAAGAGGAGGUAGAAGAUGAGGUGGUGGCGGUUAUUCCCAGCCGGCCGCGCUGUGAAGAGGAAGAGGAGGCAGGAGGAAGGCAAGCAGCCAUGUUGUUGCAGGAGGAGGAGGAGGAGGAGACACGGGCGGAGGUGAAGGGGCCGACGUGGAGAGCUCCGGAGGAUGCGCGCUCUAUCGUUUCUGGUUACUCCACCCUCUCCACAUUAGGGCGGAGCCUGGGGUCCGAGGGGAGGGGGGACGAUGCCGAUGACGAGCACAGCGAGCUGGUGAGCGAAACGGACAACGAGAGCGGCUUCGCCUCGCGCUCCCUCACCCAGGAGAGACCCGAUAAACACCCGAGACCGACGCCUGCGAACACGCAACCUCCAGCAGCCCCGCGCAGCUUCCUGUACACACACUACAAACCCCCCGUCCUCUCGCCCACAAACCUUCUGGCCCCGCCCACAGCCCUCACACACACACCGGACUCUGCGGACAGGAGUGAAGGAGGCGCGCGCUCCACCACGCCCUCGUCCUCCUCCUUCUCCUCCUCAUCCACCACGCAUAAACUGCAUUCGCGGCCUUCCUUCAACUCCCACAAGCUGAUCCAGUGCGACACUCUGGCCAGGAAGAAGAUGAAGUCGGAGAAGGCCAAGGCUCGCUCCCUGGACCUGCUGGAGCUGUCUGGGCCCUCGGCUCAGGUCGACGGGGCUGCUUCUGGGCCGGACGGCACAUCCAGAGUGAGGAGGGACACAUCCAGAACCAACCCAUCCUCAGGCAGCAGCCAGGAGAGCCCGCGCCCGGCCCGGUCCAAACCCGCCCUGCCGCCCAGCGAGGCCGCCUCCUUCACCCCGACCGGCCCGGGCGGCAGGUCCCUCGCCGAGCAGGUCCGCGCUCGUCUGCUAGGCUCGGCUGACGACCUGCGCAGCGUCGGACUGCGAAAACCCCUGUCACCCGAGACGCGGAGGAAGAGACGGGCCUGGCGCAGACACACCGUAGUGGCCUCCCCGACUGAGACGUCCGACAAGAGACCCCCGCUGGCUGUCAGUGAGUUCCCCCUGUCUCCUAUCAGUCAAAACCAGGUCAAAACACCGGGGCGGCCUCGGGAUGCAGACGGACUCGACCCGGGUCCUGCCACACGUCAAGCACCCACCUCUAGAUUCCACCAGUACCUGUGAGCCCUGCCAGCUGGCUGCUGAUUCCCCUGCAGGUCUGUCAGCCGGCCGCAGCGCGUUGCCAGGUGCAACACAACGUACCAACCAAUGGGAGCAGCCCACCCUUUUUUCCAUAAGCUCCAUUUGCAUGGCAAGGGGCAUUCAAGUGUUGCCAAAGCUUAAGUUUUUUUAUCUCCUAUAUGUGUGCUUUUAUAGAAAUCAAUACAGACACAGGACAGAGACACAAACAGACCUCAUCACAGUCAACGUUACAGCCAAGAAUUCUCACUCGAGUCCCAGCCGAGCGUCCUUUCCCGUCUCCUCUGCCUUCCUGCCUGGCUCACAGGCGCCAUGAAUUAAAAGGUUGAAAUCCCUUGCAGAGGAGGAUGCUGAGGUGCAGCCUCCCUCUGGUCCUUCAGAGAAUGGUGCUUCUUAUCAGUGUGGGCUUUAACUACUACGAAAUUUCUCUAGAACUUCUUCAGUGAGCCAGUAGACACACACACACACACACACACACACACGGACGCUUACAGUUACAAAAGGUUUUCGGUCAGGGGGUCCUCGGCUGAUUUUUCCCAUCAGUCUUCCUAAUCUGUAAGUCCUCAGACCACAGACACUGUAACACUCCGAGCAACACAUCCAGUAGGUUACAAAGACAAAGACAAACCCCCACGUUCGUCUCUUCCAACUUGUUAAUAAUGUUUAUGUGUGUUUGCGCAACAGUUUAUGUGAUCAUGUCUGAGCGUGCAGGUGUUUGUGUUGAACAGUUUUUGUAACAUUUGUACAAAGCCUUGUUAAGUUAACCUUGUAAAUAUAAAAUAUUAUGUUAUCAUAUUUGUUUUUACUUCUUUCUUUUUUUUUAAGUUCCCUUUUUUAUGGUUUACAAAAGUGCGUACAGAGUGCACAGUCAUUUCUUUCAAGAUGUUACUUGAAAUGUUUCCCUUAAUAUAUUAUUUUUGUUUGUUUUAUAUUCAUUAUAUAUAUAUAUUAUAUAUAUAUUUUGUAUUAAAGUAAAAAAAGUACUUUUAUUGUGAUUUCACCUCUGUGGUGUACCUGUUCAAAGGAGACAAGAUAAACACGACUAAACCUG